GUCUUUGUCCGUUGUUCCAACCCUUUACCCUUGUGUUCCCCGGCUGCAGGGGAUGAUGAUGAUGAUGAAGAUGAUGAUGAUGAUGAAGAGGACUACAAGGAUGGCAGUCUCUGCAGCUACUGUGCCUUCUGUGAGCACUGCGGGGAAUGCGACAAGUGCCCCUGUAAAGAGGGUGACAAGAGUGAGUACUGCGAAGACUGCCAGUACUGCCAGCUAUGCCACGUCUGUCCUGUCAUAUGUGAAACAGUUUGCAAGCCAGGGAGCUACGUAGAUGAGUUCUCAUCAACAAUAUAUCAAUCCAUUGCGAACAUAUUUGACCAGCCUGAGCACUAGACGGGUCCAUGUGUGGGCAGGGUCUCGGACAGAUGUCUCCCCGACGCCCCCAGGCCCAGGCACCUCCACCCACCACCCUGUGUCCCACACUGUGUGUUCACCUGACGGGCUCUCGUUACUGUUUUGUAAACUUCCUGCCCUGAGGAACCGCCACAGUAUAUACCCCCCCCUCCCCCACCCCCAACCCCGCUACAAUCAGUCUGAAGAAGGGUCCCGCCCCGAAACGUCACCUAUCCAUGUUCUCCACAGAUGCUGC